CACUACUAUAUAACAAAUAAUUUGAGUAAUAUGAGAGUAGUAGUAUACGGAGGUAAAGGUGCCCUGGGCAGCACGCUAGUGAACCACUUCAAGACUAAGAGCUGGUGGGUGUGCAGUAUUGAUCUGAGUGAGAAUCCUGAGGCUGAUGUUAAUGUUGUGGUCAAGGGAGCCAAUCUUCAGGAGCAGGCUGCUAAUGUUAACAGUGAGAUAGAAAAGAGUGGAAUAGGAGCGGAGAAGUUCGACGCUAUAUUCUGUGUAGCUGGUGGCUGGGCUGGGGGGGAUGCUGCCAACAAGGACUUUGUCAAGAACACAGAUCUUAUGAUGAAGCAGAGUAUCUGGACGAGUGUGAUCAGUGCUAAUGUUGCAGCUCAUCAUCUGAAGGAAGGAGGUGUACUUACCCUCGCUGGAGCUGAACCAUGUUUAGAGGGCACCAGCUUCAUGAUAGGAUACGGACUAUCCAAAGCUGCCGUCCACCAGCUGACAGCCUCUCUGGCUCAGAGUGGAGGUGGUCUACCUACUGGAGCUGUUGUUCAGUGUAUACUUCCUAAAACCCUGGAUACUCCCAUGAACCGCAAGUUCAUGGCUAAUGCUGAUUUCACCACGUGGACGCCGAUGUCGUACAUAACUGAAAUGUUCACCAAAUGGGCCGAGGAUCCUUCAUCAAGACAUCCGAACGGAGCUUUAGUUAAAAUCCUCACUAUCGACAGUAUUACGACAGAAACCGUCGUUUAGAAAGUUUAUCCAGAUUAGAUUGUAUCUUGUCAGAUAUUAGUUAAACUCAAUGACUUGAAAUACUGAAUGUAGCUUUGUAGUUAUUAGUAUCUUGAACAAUAUGGGUUUUUAGGACCUUCAUGCGUUUAUAAUGUCCAAAAUAUUAACUUGUGAAUCAACAAACACAUCUCAAAAACGUGAUUACUGAUCAUUUUCUCAUUUAAAUUAAUGAAUUCAUUGCUUUAUAUUAUUAUUUGAUGUGUAUAUAUCGUGUUUAAGGUUAAAUUGUAUUAAGUUUCUAUCCUGCCCGAUUUGGGUUUAAAUUGGGCCAUUCCACUAGUAUUUUUCAUACACCUAAAACACUUUUGGAAUGCUUGGAAUGCUACCCAUUCAGAUCUUUUGAGGAGAAGAUAAUGUUUUAGUUGCAAUUUAUUUUAUAAGUUUUUUUCCUAAUUUAUAUCGUGCAUUUUGUGCUUUAAAUGAUAUUUUUACUUAUUGUAUUAUACAAUUUACACUGCCUGCUAUUGCAAGACUAAAAUUGUGUCAGUUUCUUUCUACACCAGAAUAUUUGUUCGACAUCAAACUCAUUGACUAGAUUUAUAGAUAUUUUUGAAGAAUCGAUAUAUCCAAAAGUUUGAUUUACCUUUCGGCUUUAUGUUAGUUUUCUAUAAUUUAUGUCUGAACUAUUGUAGCAAGGCGUGAUGCAGCCUACCAAGCUCUUCUCAAAGGGAGUCGUUACCGGAUACAGGAGGGGACAGAGAAACCAAGACCCUUCAAUCUCUCUCG